GCAGAGAAAAAAGGAAGAAGAAUAGAUAGAAAUGCAAGAAAGGAAGAAAGAAAAGGAGAUAUGCAGAAAAGAAGGGAGGAAGAGAAAGGUAGGUAGGUAGGCAGAUAUGCAAGGAAGGAAGGAGAUAAGCAGAUAUGCACGGAUGUAUGGGUUGAUUGAUGUGCAAGGAAGAAAGGAAGGAGGGAAGGAAGAGAUAGCCAGACAGAUAUGCAGAGAAAGAAGGAAGGGGAGGAGAGAGAGAUGCAGGGAGGGAAGGAAGCAACAAAACAUAAAGGAAAGAAAGCGAUUGGAUGGAUGGAUAUGCAGGGAAAGAAGGAAGGAAUAGAUAUGAAGAGAAAAAAGGAAGAAAAAUAAAUAGAAAUGCAAGAAAGGAAGAAAGAAAAUGAGAUAUGCAGAAAAGAAGGGAGGGAGGGAGGGAUAGAUAGAUAAGGAAGGGAGGAAGGAAGGGAAGGAAGGAAGGAGAUAAGUAGAUAUGCAAGGAUGGAUGGAUAGAUUGUUGUGCAGGGAAGGAAGAAUGGAGGGAAGGAAGAGAUAGACAGACAGAUAUGCAGGGAAAGAAGGAAGGGGAGGAGAGAGAGGGGGAGGGAGUCAGAUAGAUGUGCGACAUGGAAAGAGGUGCUGGCACACCAGAGUCGUCCUGGCAGCCUUUGAGAAGCAGAGAAAUGCAUCUAAUCCUCUAAGUGCAGCUGGGAAUCCAGAGUCCGUUUGCAAGCCAAGAAGUAUUCUUCUCCUGAUCCUGAGGAGGGAAACACAGAAUGUGGCUACUGGAGAAAAUCCGGGGCUCGGUGGAGAACGGAGGCUCCCGGGGGAAUGACUCCGGGGACAAGCAAUCCAAGGGCCCUUUGUAUAGCAAUGUCCUGACCCCUGACAAGAUUCCAGAUUUCUUCAUCCCACCCAAGCUUCCAGCAGUGCCCCCUGAAGCAGAGGGGGCAGAAGGGAAGGCCAAGCCCAACCUGGGCACCUCGGCCUCUGAGCAGAACCUGUCGGCCCGCAAACCCCAACGCAGCCCUCGGCUGCCAGUGAAGACUGUCUCCGAGAGCAAGAACCUCCUGAAGGCGGCCAGUCGGCACAUCAUCCAGAUCGAGAGUGCCGACGAGUGGAUGUCAGAGGAGGACUUCAGCACCAACGCGGACCCCCAGUCCCAGACAGCCAUGUCGCUGCCAUACGUACCCAAGGCCCAGACGUCCUAUGGCUUUGCAACGCUGAUGGAGAGCCCUCACACGCGGCGCAAGGAAUCUCUUUUCCAUAGCGAGCACACCAGCCUCUGCCCCACCCAGGCUUCCUCGCCCAGCUCCCAACGUAAAGCCGCCUCGGGAGGAAGCAAGACCAAUGGAGAGAGUGCCCACCUCAACCCUUCGGACAUCAACAUGUCUCUCAUGAACCCGUAUCGCUACUUCAGCGGCGGGGAGAGUGACACUUGCUCGUCAGCCGAAUCGUCCCCCUUUGGUUCGCCGUUGCUCUCACGGUCCGUCUCGCUCCUCAAGAUCUUCAGUCAGGAGAGCCAAUCGAAAGUCAUCAAGUUAAAACACUCUGUCGCCCGCAACAGUUCCCUUUCCACCGACGACAGUUCGGCCGACACGAGCCCCAGCUCACAGCGGCGCAUGCGCUGUGCCACCCCUCCAGCGGGGGGCGCAGCUGGGGGUGUGCAGCAGCAGCCCCUCGCACCCGCUGACCCUCAAGACCGUCUCCACAAGGAACACACCAUCAACUUGAGCAAAGGGGGCAGCAUGCGCCUGGCGGCCGAGUACGACCCCUCGAACGCCCGCCUACGGGUGCGCGUCAUCACGGCGGAAGAUCUCUACGACAAACACUGCGAUGCGCGGAGCAUCAACUGCUGCGUGUCCCUCUACCUGAACCCGGGCAAGCUGCAGAAGCAACGGAGCACCAUUAUCAAGAACAGCCGCAACCCCAUCUUCAACGAAGACUUCUUCUUCGACGGCUUGGGAGUGAAGAACGUCAGGAAGAUGUCCCUCAAAGUCAAAGUGGUGAAUAAGGGCAGCAGCCUGAAGAGAGACACGCUGAUGGGCGAGAAGGAGCUCCGCCUGACGUCUCUGCUCCCCUUCUUAUAAACCUGUAGGACCUGCUUGCUGAUGAUCUCCUUUCCCUGCCCGUCAAAGGGUCAGGGAUUGGAUGGCUGCCGUAAAGGUUUGGUGAUGGCCAAUCGGUGUUCCCCCAAAGAGUUGUUGCAUGUAUGUUGCAUGGUGGGGAGGGUGGGACAUCCCUGAAUCUUAGGAUGGGACCCCAGCAGCUCCCUUUUCCCCCAGGGAGGGGAGACCGUUUCCUGGUGGGGGUCGUGGCUUCCAUAUGCCAAGACGUUCCCCAUUGGUUUUGGCAUCCUUAUCUAGAGACACAGCAUGGCAGGAAGGGGGAGGGCUCAGACGGGCCUUGCUAAGCUGGGAGGGGAGGAUGAGGCUGGGAAAAGGAGACAGGUUUCUUAAACUAGGUUUUCUUGGGAGACUGGUGCAUGCCUAUUACGGGUCUUCACAGGGGGUCUCUCCUUCCUUCUCGGCCCUUCCUUGAAAUCCAUGAAAUGGGCAAAUAGGCGAUCUCCUUUUAAGAUGCAUGCUGGCUGUGCCCAAUUUUGUCUCAUCCAACCAGUCGUUAAAAGGCAGAGUUGUUAAAAGGCCCCGUUGCCUUCUGGGAAAGGGGAAGAGGGCAAAGGCCACCCACGUGAGCCUCCUUGCCAUAGCAUGCUGGGCCAGCCCAAAGAUGGAUGUGAGAACAGGUGAUGGUUGGUGCUUUGGCAUAGACGCGGUCCAAGGGAUGGGACAGGGAGUGAUGAAAGUUAGGUGGAGGGAGAGGUGAGGAACCCUGGCCUAUAAGGCUACCCUUGCAAUGGCCAAAAAUGAGAUGUUUAUAAUACAGAAUGCUGGGGGUGGGUGGGUAAGGGUUUCCCCACACGCCCCAUUACCUUUAACAGCUUUGGGACAGGCAGAAACCCAACAGGUGCAGCCAUUCCCAGCACGAAGAUUCCGUUCCUGGGGUUGUGAAAUUUUGACCUAAUGGAUACUCCGUUUUCAUAGAAGAGGAAAUGGCCCACGGAACUGCCUUAGUUUAUCUAUUAUGACAUUUAUCUCCCCCUUUCAUUCAACCAUGGGGCUCAAGGUAGCAGACUCAGGGACCCCAGGCGGUCUCCCACCCAAGCACUGACCAAACCCAGACCUGCUUAGCUUCAGCAAAGCUAAGUUUCAUCAUCUGCCCUUGGGCCAUAGUCCAGUACCUCCGGUUCUGACUGGCAGCAUCUCUCCAGCAGACGUCUUUCCCAUCUGCUGAGCUCUUUUGCAAUGGCGAUGCCACCGCUUGAAUCUAGAACCUUCUGCAUGCAAAACAUGUGCUCUGAGCAAUACGGCCCCUUGCCACCCCUGAUGAAAAGGGAGCUGUUUUUUCUGAUGCUAAAUAAGCUCUUUUGCGAAGAUUCAUAUCUGCGAUCCAACCCGUUUUAGGCUUUAAAAUUCACAAAUGCUGUUGUGAAUUUUCGCUUCAGCUUAAAGAUACACUGGAUUGCUCUUCCUUUUUUCCUGCAAAGACAAAAUGUCAUAAGCCCAGCUUGUAAAGGAGGAACUGCUUGUAAUCUACAAGGGGCUCAAAAGGAAAACAUAUUUAUUGCAUGUGGACAUAUACUAUACCAUGCUUUCCAAAAGCUGCCAAAGCUCAAACUUGCCUGGAAUUACUCUGUCACUGCCCCAUGGGAUGGGAUGCCCUGCUACCCAUAAACGGCCUUCCCACAAAUCCCCAUGUACAGAGGUAUUGUUGCUCAGGGAGGGAAAAAUACUCUGCACGUGUUCAGAAGCACUUUGUUCUUGUAAUGUCACAUAUACCUAAAAGAGACGUUGGUAGGAUUAGAACCGAAAUUUCACCCACAUGAAAUUCAAAAGAGAAUGUCAGGAUUCCCCUAUGGAGAAACUGAAAUUCAAAGAGGAGUUCCAGGAUUUUCGAGGAGAAAGAUUGGAAAAUGUCCUCAGACGGCUUCUCCACAUCUCUAGACGCAUCUCUCAAGCCUUUCUCAAAGUCACACCAAGGAUAGAAAUCCAUCCAACUCUAGAGCAACGAAUUGUGCGGCUAAUUUGUGACGAAAAGGUACUCUGUGCACGCUUAUGGUCUUUUCUCAUUUCCUUUAAAUCCUCAUUUCCCUAAACCUGAGAGUCAGAAAAGGCCAUUUCAUGAGUCCUGGUCCUGGUGAGAUCCUGUGCACCAUUCAGGAGACUUUGUAGUGAUACCCAACUGUGUCUUGUGCGCCGUGCGGCAUUUAACCUUCCAGACCUGCUGAGAAACACAGAGUCAUCCUCCUCCUUCUGAGGCCUCUUCUGUUGCUGCCAGGUGCUUUAUGGGACAUACACAGCCACCCCUGGAGAGCCCUGUGAAAGGCUAGCAGUGGGGAAUCUGAGCCGUGCCAAGAAGUGACAAGAGAACCAUCGGGCCUCCAACACAUCUCUUGCUGAAAGUUGCUCAUUAAAUGGAGGAAAACAAAAUACAAGGGUAACAGCUUGUUUCUGGUGGGGGAAAUUGUCUGGCAAAGCCCACCUGGCAUCUUGCGAGUUGCGGGAAUGUGGGUGCCCACCUCCCAUGAUUGUUUUGCUGCAUUUCCACCCGCUGCCUUUGCUGACCGGCUUGUAAACCAGAGUGUCGGAACUGAGUGCUUCAAGUCGGUGUCGAUGCCCGCUGUGCAGAGCCAGUAAGACGGCAACUCAUUCCAUGCUCCACAGAAAUCUUUUCGUCCCUGUGGGUUUGGCGGUGACAACGAGACCCCCAACACUGCCACUUUCAUCUGCUCCCCCCACAUCUCCUCUCGCCUCCAAUUCCGCCUGGACUCUGUUUCUCCACCACCAAUUAGAAUAAACAGAUCAGCCGGCUGGAAACGGCCGUGGAAGGAGAAGGCAGAUACCCACAGGCCGAAUAUCACCGAAAAGCCUGCCUUUUCAAGCUUUGCUCUCUUUCUGGUUGGGCAGCGGGGGGGUGUUAGAAAUCAAAGACGUGUAAUCCCUACAUGGAUUCUCAGACUGGGGUAGAGGGAAAUCAAAUCCCAGACCUCAAAGGAGUCCAGAUUUGGGGGUUAAUCUCCUUUUCGUUUGCUCUCUCUUUUAAAGGGUCUUGUUAACUAAGAGCCACCUAGUCUUAUAUAAGUCUUCUGUUGUGCCACAAGCCCCGGGGUUGUGAAUAAGGAGCCUUGCGAAGCAAAGAAUACAAAUCAUAUUUGGGGGGAGGAGGGCGAGAAUGGGGAAAUUUAGUCAUCUUUCUUUUUUGUUGGUUUUGAGCAGCAAUCCUGUCCAUGCUUACCUGGAAGCAAGCCCCAUCAAACUCAAGGGGGGCUUGCUUCUGAGGAGGUAUGUAUUAGAUUGCACAGUUAUUUCAAUUGCAGCAGAAAAGUAAUAUAUAUCAAUAUAUCUGCAUGGGGUUUUUUUUGCUGAAGAUGUUAUAGGCACAAUUGUGAGUCUGCCUCCUGCCCGAACACAAUAUAGUUGCUGCUUAAAAAAUUACUUUUAAAAUGUGAUCCUUUCUUGACUGUAUUUUGAUCUUGUGUACUUUGGAUGAUCGCUGCAGAAUCUGGGUUGUGAGCUUUUGCUAUAUGAAAUAUUGGCUCCUUAUUCCCCUAUUCCUCUCCCGCCUCUUGCAUUUCUGUAUAUGAGAAUCCCUUCCCUUCCCCCCUUUAUUUAAAAUGAAUUCCACACAGAGCAUGGCUUUUAAAAUAUUGUUCAGUAUCUGCAUGUCAUGGAAAUGGGAGGUGUGUUAUAUUCACAGCUAUUGGUGAGUUUGUUGGCCUCACUUUGGAUUUCACUCGUGGAACGGAAUUGGGGGAAACUUUCCCCAAUUCAUGCCUCACUCGUAAAUGUCCCCCAUUGCCCAGGGAAGAUGUACCUUGUGUGGGUCCCAGGGCAAAAAUAGUUUGCAGGGUCCUCCAUAAUGAAUCAAUAUUAUUCUGGUCCUGCCAAAAUCAGAAGAGGCUGUAGUACUAUAUCAUAGGAAUAUAGGAAGCUGCCAUAUACUGAGUCAGACCAUCUAGCUCAGUAAUGUCUACACAGACUGGCAGCAGCUUCUCCAAGGUUGCAGGCAGGAGUCUCUCUCAGCCCUAUCUUGGAGAUGCUGCCAGGGAGGGAACUUGGAACCUUCUGCUCUUCCCAGAGCGGCUCCAUCCCCUGAAGGGAAUAUCUUACAGUGCUCACACUUCUAGUCUCCUAUCCGUAUGCAAUCAGGGCAGACCCUGCUUAGCUAAGGGGGCAAGUCAUGCUUGCUACUAUCUAGUCCCCUCUAGGCAUGGGGCCCUGGGCAACUACCCACCCCCACCCACCGUUUCACACAGCCUGCCUACACCCAUUCUCCAAAAUAAAUUGUUUUUCCAGUCUUACAAGGUGGAAGGAGCUAUAGGAACAUAAGUCCAGUGUUUGCAUUGUGGAAUUUGUAAGAUGUACUUUUUUUUAAAAAAAGGAUUAGACAUAGCAAUAUGGGACAGAGGUCUGCCUGCAGCUGUUAGUGAACUGCUUUGAGGUAAUGGAAUGUUCACCAACAUUCCAACUGGGUGCAAGCAUCAGCAAUAGAACAUUGACAGAAGAAGCACUAUGCAGGCAAUCAGAGGCUGGGUUGUCCCACACAGCAUAUGGUAGCAGAAAGAGUCAGAAUUUGUUGGCUUCAGAACCUUGGUCUGUGUUUCACCCCACUUUUCCUUAAUUCUCAGAUAAUUUUAAAAAUCAGUUCCUUGAUAGGCGCAUGCACAAUUUCCCAUGGCUUCCAGUUAGUUGUGUCUCUGUCAGCCAAUGUGUUGCCAAUGUAAUUGAUAAAACGCGGCAAAGAAAGCAGACUUGGUGUGAUAGUUUGCAUGGGCAGGUUUGCAUGGGGAGGUGGUGUGGUUGUGAUCUAUAAGAAUACCAUCUCGCUUACCAGGAUCCCUGUCAGGCAAUUGGCCUAAACUGAAUGUGUGUACCUAUGAAAGUCUGGGACUUCUGUUGGUGUACAAAUCGCCCCGCUGCCCAACAGAGCUGAUGGACCUGGUUGUGGAGUUGGAACUAGAGUCACCCAGAUUAUUGGUAGUGGGGACUUCAGUGUUCACUCUGGGUUGUCUGGACGGCUCAGGAGUUCAGAGCAGCCAUGACGACUAUGGCCCUAUUCCAAGUAGUCUUGGGACCGACACAUGCUCGAUUGGGUCUUUUGCUCUGAUCAGGGUGAUGUUCUGUGAGUGGGGGACUCCUGUUAUUUCCCCGUUGUCAUGGACGGACCACCAUUUGGUUAAGGUAGGAUCUGCAGCUGCAACCCACCUCUGCAAGGGUGAAGGAUCUGUUAGGCUGGUCCAUCCAAGAAGGUUAUUGGAUCCAACAGGAUUCCAAGAAGCCUUGGAAGGGUUUCGAGUUGACUCUGCCGAUGAUUCUGUCGAUGCUCUGGUGCAGCCACAGAAUAACUUACUCACUAGAGCAUUUGACACAAUCACUCCUAAGUGUCCUCUCCCAUCUGUUUCAAAAUUAGCACCGUGCUACUCACAAGAAUUAUGGGAGCUGAAGUGGCAAGGUAGGCGACGAGCACAAGUGGAGAAAGACUCAACAUGAAUCUGAUAGAUUAUAACACAGAGCACAUUUGAAGAUCUCUGCUCUGGCAAUAUGCCGAGCAAAGAAGUAGUUCUUUUCUGUCAGCAUUGCUUCCACCAAUUCAUGUCCAGCUGAGUUGUCUAGGGUUGUGAGGGGGCUAGUACAUGCCACCUCCCCCUUGAAUUUGAAUUUGGAGCCUUUGAUCACCCGCUGUGACGGUUUUAAUGACUUUUUUUGGCAGAUAAAAUAUACUGUACAAGGACAAGGCAGUGGCAUAGAAUCAGGAAUAUCAAUGUUUUAAUGGAAAAUCUAGUAUUUAGGGAGAGGCAAAUACUGUUUGUUAGCCCUGCCUCUACUCCAGGACUGAAUAAAAAUAACUAAAGCACCAUUCAAAAACUGACCUGGAUCAACGAAUGGAUUAACCAAAAAUCCCAUAGUGUCCAGGAACUCAUCUUAUAGGAUCAGAUUGGAUCACUUUCAGUUUGUGAUUCCUGAGGAUGUGGACCAGCUGCUUUGGACAGUACAUCCUACCAGAUGUUCUCUUGACCCUUGCCCAACUUGGCUCAUUUCAUCUGUCAAUAGUACUAUCAGGGAGCUUCUCUGAGGGAGGGCAGGAUGCUUCAUUGACUUAAGGAGGCUAUUAUUAGACCUUACUUGAAUAAGCCGACAUUGGACCCCUCAGGGUCAGGCAAUUAUAGGCCUGUCUCUAAUCUCCCAUGGUUGGGCAGGUGGUGGACUCUCAGCUCCAGGCAGUCUUGGAGGAAACUGAUUAUCUCGGCCCAUUUCAAACUGGCUUUUAGGUGUGCUAUGUGGUUGAGACUGCCUUGGUCAGCCUGCUGGAUGAUCUCCAAGUGGGUAUUGACAGAGGGAGUGCUACACUAUUGACCUUUCAGUGGCUUUUGAUACCAGCGACCAUAGUAUCCUUCUGGGUUGCCUGAGGGAGGUGGGAUUGGGUGGCACUGUUUUACAGUGGUUCCGUUCCUACCUCUUGUGCAGAUUCCAGAUGGUGUCGCUUGGAGACUGUUGCUCUGCAAAGCAAGAGCUAAUGUACAGAGCUCCACAAAGCUCCAAACUGUCUCCAAUGCUUUUUAACAUCUACAUGAAACCACUGGGAGAGAUCAUCAGGAGAUUUGGUGCAGGGUGUUAUCAGUAUGCCGAUGACACCCAAAUCAACUUCAUCAAGUAAUGGUAUAACUUCCCUAAAUGCCUGCCAGGAGGCAGUAAUGGGCUGGAUGAAGGAUAAGAAACUGAAAUUGAAUCGAAAUAAGACAGAGGUACUGACUGUGGGGGUUCAGAAUUUGAAAGAUGGUUUAAAUCUGCAUGUUCUGGAUGGGGUUACACUCCCCCAGAAAGAACAAGUACAUAGCAUGGGAGUGCUCCUGGAACCAAAACCCUCGCUGGUCUCAGGCUGAGGCAACGGCCAGGGGCACUUUUGCAGAAUGCGGCAGCCAGAAUGGUCUCCGGGAUAACAUGAAGAGACCAUAAAAUACUGAUCUUAAAAGAACUACACUGGCUGCUGCUAUGUUUCCGAGUGAAAUACAAAGUGCUGGCUAUUCUUUAUAAAGCACUUAAUGGCUUGGGCCCAGGGUGUUUAAGAGAGCGCCUCCUUUGUCAUGAACCCUCCCACCUAUUAAGAUCAUCUGGCGAGGUCCGGUUAUGGCUACCACUUGCUCCUUUGGUGGCUACACGGGCCUUCUCUGUGGCUGCCCCGGGGCUGGAAUGCACUUGCUGUUAAAAUCAAAGUUUCUCCAUCUCUGGCUGUUUUUAAAAAAGACCCUCAAGAUGUACCUGUUUUAUUAGGCUUUGAACUAAUUUUAAUUGGUUUUAUAUCAUAAUUGUGUUGAUCAUUUUAUCCUGUUUUUAUAUUUGUUGUAUUUUAACUUAUGCACACCGCCUAGGGAUGCACAUGUCAGGCGGUAUAGAAAUAUGAUACACAAAUAAAUAAAUAAUAAACAAAUAAAUAAUGUUUGCCUUCAA